GGUAAUUUGGCCUCUAAAUCCGUGUUGGCUCUUAAAGAUCCACUGAAACGUGGCAUAUUUUUAAUGCAAUUUUUAAGCGUCUCCGCCAUACCCUGUGAUUCCUGUGGCAAUGAGUGCGCCAAUGCUUGUGGCACUAAACACUUUAGAACCUGUUGUUUUAAUUAUUUACGCAAACGUACCGAUCCAAAUGCCAUGAAAAUGAUCACAAAUAAACGUUUAAUCGAUUUUAUAAUGUUGCAAGGACGUGCCAUGUUCACACAAAAUGAACUGAGUAAUGAGAGGAAACAACAACAACAACAGCAGCAGCAACAAAAACAACAACAGCAAUAUGAGCACUUACAUGAACAACAAAAAUUAUUAAUACCCCGAUCAGCAUUUCCCUUCAACGAUGAGGAACGUCAUAAUGGCACCUUUAUAUUGGAAGAUUUACAGGCCUAUUAUGAUUAAAGGAAUUUUAUAAACUGUUUGCAAAUAACUCUAGCGAUUGGAAUGAUAAUAAUGACCAUGGAAAUUUUGCUAAUGAUGACGUUGAUGCUGUUGACGACAAUUAUAUUAUGACACUAAAGUUGAAAAUGAUUUUAAUAAUAAUAAUUAACUAUUAUAAAUUUUGUACAAAUAUUUUAUUAGAUUAACAAAAAGAAAAAAACAAAGAAAUGUAUGUUUGAAAUAUUAAUUUUCUCUCUUUUUUUUCUACAUUCAAAUAAUGUGGUUUUAUUUGGGUC